CCAAUGGUGAAAAAAGUACCGAACUUUGCUGCGGGAACAUACGACUCAUGACUUCAUGCGUAGGUAGUUAUUCCUAGUUCCGGUAGUCCCAGCGCCUACAAUCAAUACUUAAACUCGGGGCCUCCUCUUUUGCUCCGUUUACUCGUUUUCAAGAAGGAAGCACGAAAACAGCCAUCUUCCUUCCCACGCCAAAUAAAACCAAUACCGUCAUCAUGGCUACCAACGGCGCCAACAGCACCAAUGGUGCAAAGGACAACUCCAGCAAAUUCGACCCCAACUUCACACAACAUGUCAUUGACCUUAUGAGCCCCGAGACAAAACCCAGACACCGAGAAGUCCUCUCGUCUUUGAUUAAGCAUUUGCACGACUUUUGCCGAGAGGUCGAGCUCACGCAAGAGGAAUGGAUUAUCGGUGUCAACUACGUCAACGCUAUCGGCCAAGCCUACAGGAAGAACCGAAAUGAAGCGUGGAGGGUGUGCGAUAUCCUGGGUGUCGAAUCUCUCGUCGACGAGAUCAACCACACGGUCGUGACCGAGAAAGACCUCUCUCCCACAUCCUCGGCCAUCCUCGGGCCUUUCUGGUCCCCCGAUACCCCGUUCCGGGACCUCGGCAGCAGCGUUGUCCAGGACAUGCCAAAAGAUGGGCAGUUCACAUUCUUCCAUGGUGUCAUCAAGGACGCCGAGACCGGCAAAGGUAUCCCGGACGCCGUCUUCGACAUGUGGCAGGCCAGCACCAACGGCAAGUACGACACCUUCGACCCCGAGAACCAAUCCCGCCACAACCUGCGGGGCAAGUUCCGCACCGACGAGAACGGCAAGUUCUGGUUCUACUGCCUGAAGCCGACCGAGUACGCCAUCGACACCACUGGCCCCUCGGCGGAUCUGCUCAAGAUCAUGGGCCGCCACCCCUACCGCCCCGCCCACAUCCACAUGAUGGUCACCCAUCCCGAAUACAUCGGCGUGACCGCUCAGCUAUACCCGAAUGACGACCCAUACCUUGAGACCGACACCGUCUCUGCUGUCAAGGACGACCUGCUCUUGGACUUCAAGCCCAUCCAAAACGAUCCCAAGGGCGCCACCCUCGAGGUCGAGUACGACGUUCGCCUGCUCUCGAAAAAGUUCAAGCCAGAUUCCACGAUGUUGAUGCAGAACGCAAACCAGGACAAGUUUUGAUUUUUUUUUAAGAUUAGCUAGUUUGAUAUUUCGCGGGGCAUAUUCCGAUUUUGUUUGUACAUAUACAGGGUUGCAAAUUAGUCUUGGUUAAUCCAGUCUAUACUGUACAAUGACUCCCUUUUCCCUUGA